AUGUCAUGUCCCGCCCCCUUUUGCUGCGUCCUUCUGUCUGGCCCUGGGUGGGGGUUAAGGGUGUGGGGCAACUGGCACCUCACGUCCCAUACCGGAUCUGCUAGACUCCACCUGUCAGGAUGGCUGCUCUCUUUCUUUUUUGCAUGCGCAUGCACGUGCGCAUGAACGAGUGUGUAUGUAUGUUGUGGGGGAAUAACACUGGCGCGUGCUGACUCAGGACGAAAUGCGACGCAGCAGCUAAUCGCGACUGAUUUGUGCUUCUGAUUUUAACCUAGACUAACAGGGACACGGAACACUGCCUCAGGUGAAAGGACUGCUUUUUUCACGGAGUCAAUUCUAUACUUAGCAUUCUGCUUUCUUCUAUUCGCAGUCACACAGGAGGAAACGCAUAUCCCAGCCCUAGUGGAUGUUUUUAUCUGCAGUGCCUCAGCCGAGCGUAGAACCGAGGAGCAGAAUGUCAAGACAGUCACAGCAGCAGCACCGGACCCCCAUAAGACACAUUGAUAACACGGUGGAGGUCAAGAGCAAAUUUGAGGCAGAGUACCGUCGCUUUGGUCUGAAGAGGAAUGGAUUUGGUGGCUUCCAAGAGUUCUACCACCUCCUCCAAAACAUCCAUCACAUCCACGGUGUGGAGGUGCUGCUGGAAUAUGCUGACAUCCAUGGAGAUCUCCUCCCAAUCAACAAUGAUGAAAACUUCCACAAAGCUGUUUCUUCAGCCAAUCCAGUGCUGCGGAUUAUUAUAACAAAGAAAGAGGGUGACUCCAUUGUUUACACCACCAACUCUCUCCAGAGACGCCGGAAAGGACUGGGCUUAACAGGCCUGCGCCCAGCUGCCUCCAGCUCCAUCCACUCAAAGAACAAAUCGGGCCUCAUGAUUGGCCCACCACAGGACUUCAGACAGAUCUCAUCCAUUAUUGACGUGGACAUUUUACCUGAGUCAUAUAGGCGAGUUCGACUGCACAAGUACGGCUCCAAAAAGCCUCUGGGAUUCUACAUCCGGGAUGGGGUGAGCGUGCGGGUGACACCGCAGGGUGUAGAGAAGGUGAGGUUCAAUUUUCUUUGAGCAUAAUGACUGAGC